AUGUGGUCCGCCGGCAACUGCAAACUCCUUCACCCUGACGGGCGGAAGUUGAAGCUUCGUGUCCGCAAUGGUUGCCCGGAACUUGUGCAGUCCAAGGCGUUGGAGUUGAUUUCGCGCUUAGAGGAGAGGAAACUGGCGGAAAUUGAGCAGCUCAAGCGCCACACCGAGGAAGGCAGGGACAGGAUUCGUCAGGCCAGGAUUGCACUUGAGAAGAGCUGGUGGGAGCACUUGAUGGACUACGCCCGUGAUGGCGUUUCCUGCUCAGGUGACGCCGCUGUUGCAAAUGCACCGUUCUUCACUGAUGUUCCCCGUUGUGCGUUGCGAGGUUUGGUCCCUUCAGGUGACGCGGGCGACGAGUCAUUGUGGGACAUGUUGCGCAGUGCUUUGCCCAACCUCAACAGGAGGAGGAGGAAGGCGCUACAGCAGUCAAGGCGUUGGAUUGUCCACUUGUUUGCAGGCCCGCGCCCUCAUAAGACCUUUGCACGGCUUGAGCGUGAUGGCACAGUUGUGUUGGAGCUUGAUGUGACUCAGUGCGCAGCGCAUGAUUUGAACCGUCUUUCACUUUGGGCACUCCUGCUUAAAGCGGCGGGGGAUGGGCGCGUUGCAGCAGUGAUUGGUGGCCCUCCUUGUCGCACUAUGUCUGUUCUCCGGCAUAAACCUGGAGGCCCAAGGCCAGUGAGGUCCCCUAGUGAGCCGUAUGGGUUGAGCGAUCUCAGUGCUAGUGAGCGUGCGUUGGUGAACAAUGACACGGGGCUGUUUGCUCGGAUGUUGUUCUUGCAUGCAACAGCGACGGCCGGAAGGCGUGUCCAUCGUCAGUCCGUGCAACAUUCGUCGCAGGUGGCAUUCUUACUUGAGCAACCUCAGCCUGUUGAUCGCUAUCUUCCUGCUGGCCAUUCGUUGGUUGGUGAGGUUCCCUCGUUUUGGCACACAAACUUGUGGCGUGCAUAUGCAUUAGAGGCAGGUCUUUUCGAAGUCGAUUUUGACCAAGGUGCUCUAGGACACGCAACCACAAAGCCAACCACCAUAGGCACUAACCUUCCUGACCUGAGGGGCUUGCACGGCCUCCGGAAGGAGUGUCCUACGCUGGCAUGGAAAGGCGACUCAAAGGACUUAGCCGCGUGGGCGCCGCAGUUUGUGCAAGCUGUUGUUCAUGCGUUGCAAUGUUGGCCCCGCUACCAGCUAUGCCGCAUGACGCCCGAGGACUGGCAACGACAUGUAGAAAAUAACCACGUUCCAUACCGUAGGGAUUGUGGAAUUUGCGUACGUGGCGCCGGCACCGGCCGUAGGCAUCAAGGAGUCACACAUCCCGACGUGUAUUGCCUGUCUGCCGACGUGGCUGGUCCCAUCAGAGUCCCUGCAAAAGACCCCGAGGGUCGGAGCAAACACCCGCCCGUGUUCCGGUACUUUUUAGCAGCGUCCUAUCGUUUUCCUAAACUCCAAGGGACAAAGGACGAACCCAACCCAACGCAGGUUGAUGGGUUCGAUGAUCCUUUACUCCACCCUGGCGGGGAGGACGAGUUAGCCGACGUUGUUGUGGAAGGCCCACCGGAGCCAGAGCACCGCCCUGACGGGAAGGAUGUGCUGCCCGAGGAUUGUUUAGGAUAUUGUCCUACAAGUGAGUCUGAAAACGACGCGUGUAAAGAAGCAGGCGCGUUACGCGUAGCAGCCGCAAAGGCCAAGGCCAAACCAAGCAAACCCAAGGAAGAACACCCUUGGGAAAGGGCCAAGUGUGAGUUUGAAGCUCCGCCAGGCCUAGCUAGGUUGGUGUUUGUUGUUCCGCUGCACACGAACAAGAGCGAGGCAGUGCUAGAGGCGCUGCAACAAGUGUUCCUAGAACUUCGCUCAUUGAACCUUCCUGUGCUGCGCUUUCACUCAGAUAGAAGUCGGGAGUUCUUUAACAAAAGGACCCGAGCUUGGUUUCACGAGCACGGGGUGCGUACCACCACAGCUGAAGGAGAUACGCCGCAGCAAAACGGAGCAGCUGAGAACACCAUCCGCUGGUUAAAGGCUAGGGCGCGCACGCUCCUCGCCCAGGCCGAAGUUGGAACAGAGCUGUGGGCAUGUGCAAUGGCCACUGCGGCAUCGCAGCAACGUGCGCAACAGCUUGGCCUCAAGUCCAAGCUUGCAGCUCCGUUUGGGGCACCGUGCUCUGUGAAACUUAAGUUUUACGGACCUUCUAGGGGUGACUUAGGGGAUAGGUGGGUAGAUGGUAAGUACAUGGGGUUGUCGCCUUCUGUGAAUGAUGGCCACAUCGUCCUACGCAACGACAGAGUGGGCAACGGCUUCCUCCAAACACUCCAUGUGCGCUCACGCCUCCAUUCACCAGAGAUGCCAGACCGCGUGUUUGAGGGCGAUGUGAGGGAGCCUGCGCCGCUCGAGCCGGCAAGGCGUGUGCGUGGGAAGUCCGAGCCAGCGCUUGGCGAGCCACCUCUGCCGCCGCCUCCUCUUCCACCGCCGGAAGGUGAGUGCGUGCCCGUGCCUGCAAGUCGCACUCGACUCCGUGGGAAGUCAAGCCCUGCAGUUCGCAAGUCUUUGCUGUUCCCACUGCCUGACGGUGAGUGUCUGCCUGAGCAAUGUGAAGCCGUUGAGGAGGAGUUUAGGGCUAGUCGGUUUAGUGUUGUGGACCUUGAGGGUUUCGCAAAGGAGUUACUGCUUGAAGACUGGGACCUUGAAGAGGCCAUGUGGGUCUUGGUCCAGUUCAGCCGUCUGCAGUCUCUUAAGGCUGGCCUUUACCGACACGGUGGUGUAGUAGGCACCACGAGUGCAACAAACUCUUACCCCUGGCUCACAGAGCUGAUGGCCGCGACGCUCCUGUCCGCAAGUCCAGAGGCCGAAUUCACGAGUCUUUGGCUUUCCAAUACGAACCCCAUGUCCUUGCAUGCAGACCACAACAAUGUAGAAGGGUCUGUCAACGUAGUCUUUCCACUCAAGCUCCCUCCUGAAGGCGGAGACUUGUGGGUAGAACUGCGAGCAGGAGAUGUUAUCUAUGGCUCUGUCGAGCAACGAGUUGAUGGUGCAGGAAAGAAGUGGUUGGGCACAACGCACAGCCUGCAAAGAGGUAAGCCCUUCUACUUGGACCCCAAACGCCGUCAUGCUACUACCCCUUUUGAAGGUGAAAGGGUCGUGCUCGUAGCCUACACCGUUAACACCUUAGGGAAGGUGUCAGAGUCUGAGCUCCAAGCCCUCGAGUCCUUAGGCUUUCCGCUCCCUGCUUCAGCACGCUUGCCACUCACAACGCAGCAAGAUGUCAGGCGCUUGGACGUGUUUGACAUGUUUGAGGAGGGUCCCUUAGAGCUAGCAGGUGAAGACUGCCCGAAGAAAGUAGAGAAGGGUGGGGGUUGGAAAGAGACUCAGAAGGUAGAGGCUGGAACAGUAGAGCUAGAGGUCUCGUGGAACCUCAAGCACACUCCGGCGCAGCACGAGCAGACACCUUGCGUUCUGCAGACCCUGGAGCCAAAACCCCACGCGCAGGUCGAGGAGGAGUCCUGGCCAGAACAGCCUGUGCAGUGGGAGCUGUGGCUUCCAGACCCCCAAAGUGGCCAGUGUGCACUCCGGUCUGACGACCUGGACCUGCGUCUUUGCAAGUCCGAGCCAGUGUACACUCCAGACAUUGAACAGCUGCUCAGUGGCUUAACUGAGCCACUGCAGAUAGUUCAUACUGUCGACCCGCGAGAGGCGGAAAAGCACAGUGAAGUGUGGAUCCCGUCAAUCCUGAAAGAGAUCGGGGUCAUAGAAAAAGCUGUGCACCGUUUGCCGCCCAGCGAGGUGCGCAAAGGGAACUGGCUUCACCGCACUGACGUGAGGGUUGUGCCGGCAAAGCUGGUUUUCACUGUUAAGCCUCCUGACGUGCAACCCACCGCGCCCGGGAACGGGGAGCACGCAACCCAGGCAAGCUUGUUCAAACGCAAGGCGAGGCUUGUUGCGUGUGGAAACCAUGCCCCUUCCACUGGCACCGAAAUAUAUGCGUCAGGUGCUGCAGCAGAGUCACUUCGUUGUUUGGUUGUCAUUAGCUCUAAGAGGGGUUGGAUGCUAGGCAUCUUGGAUGUAACCUCAGCGUUCCUCCUCACGCCCAUUCCCCAGGGUGACGGGUUUCCUGUGUUUGCCCUAACGCCGCCGCGCUACCUUGUGCGGCAAGGUCUUGCGCAGGAGGGAGAGCUUUGGAUCCUCACACACGCCGUCUAUGGACUCAGGGAGUCACCAAAGCUGUGGUCAGACUUUAGGGACUCUCAGCUUCUUAACCUUAGAUGCAUGGCCAAUGGGGUUGAGCUGCAGCUACUCAAGGGCAAGUUAGACACGAACUGGUGGCGCAUCGUGCAAACCAGUGAUGGUCAAGUCGUGGGAGGUUUAAUCACCUACGUUGAUGACUUCCUACUUGCUGGAUGUGCUGCAGUCAUCGAGGCUCUCGCUAAGGCUAUCCAGUCGAUCUGGAAAACGACGCCCCUCACACUUGCCUAUGCAGAGGAGCUGCUACGCCUCAACAACGUCAAGCCCACUGCACUGGGUAAGAUCCCUUGCCCAAGGGACUUGGUGUCCUUUGACACUCUCCUGACAGAUGAGUCUCCCACCGAGGAGUCAGUUCGCACAGCCCAGAGGCUGACCGGAGAAAUCUUGUGGCUGAGCCAGCGAACGAGGCCGGAUCUCGCGUUCACCGCUUGUGUCCUUGCUACGUUGAGCACAAAGGCGCCCGAAAGGGCUGCACGCAUCGCUGAAAGGGCACUUGCGUACGUGCAGCAAACCAAAGCCUUUGCUCUCACUGCUGACGCAGAUGACACGGGCUUAGUUGCGUACAGCGAUGCCUCUUUUGCGUUUGUCACACUCAGCACUGCAGAGUCCGAGCUCGUCGCAGGACUUGAUGCCGUCGUUGCACUGCAGUCAGCAGAGGCCAUGCUGGGUGAGUUUGGGGUCUUUAACUUGGGUAAGACCUUGAAGGUUGACUCUCAGUCUGCGCUUGCUAUCGCCAUUGGCCAAGGGUCUUGGCGAACCCGCCACCUGAAGGUGCGCGCCAACUAUUUGCGAGAGCAGUAUGAGGCAGGUGAGAUAAUCCCUGUUUUUUGCCCAGGUGUGGAGCAGGCUGCAGACCUCCUCACAAAAGCGCUUCCUGCAGCGAGGAUUCUCGAGCUCGCAGCCAUUUGGGGUUUGUUCGAGCACCGUCCAGAGGACCCCCGCCAAGCGGAAGCUGUGGCUGUCGACCUGCCUACCCACCCUCAGUAUCCAGUAUCCGCAGAUCAAGUUGCUUUUCCUAUUGCUUGCAAUGAUGCAGAUCCAAAGUGCCAAGUGUCAGCCUGA